AUGAUAUCUACACAACAAAUUGAAAAGGUCGUAGUGACAGGAGCAACUGGAUACAUUGCAAGUGCCAUCAUUCAACAGUUGUUACUUAAGGGUACUUAUAAGGUUGUGGCAAUAGUUAGAGAUAAGUCAAAUAAGGACAAGUUGAGACAUUUGACAGAGUUGAAGGGUGCCAAUGAACAUCUUUCAUUCGAGGAUGGUGACUUGGAGACCGCUGACUAUGCCACCAUCUUCCAGGGUGCCGACCAUGUACUUCAUGUUGCCUCGCCAUUCCUCUACACUGCACCCGAUCCACAAAAGACCAUUGUUGACGCCGCCAUCAAUGGAAACCUCCGCGUACUCGAGGCUGCUGACAAGGUGCCCUCCAUCAAGAAAGUUAUCAUCACCUCGUCCGUGGUGGCCGUUGUCGACCUGGCCAAGAAGAAGGCGGUCUACACCGAGGACGACUGGAACGAGUCGACCAACAUCUCCAACCCAUACCCAUACUCCAAGUACCUGGCUGAGAAGGCUGCCGUCGAGUUCAGACCGAGCCACUUCCAGAUGAUCAUCGUCAGCCCUUCAUUUGUCCUUGGCGCCGGUCUCGCCAGCCACCUCAACUCCAGUGUCGAGUUGUUUGCCAAUGCACUUCGUGGCGACAUUGGCAAUGGAUACAUGGGUGUAGUCGACCUGCGCGAUGUUGUCGACACUCACAUGGUUGUGCUCACAUCGACCGAGAAUCACAAUCGUCAACGUAAACUUGUUAGCAACCGAGUGAUGUCUGUUGUUGACCUUGCUGAGCGUGCCAAGCAACUGUUCCCUCAGUACGACUUCCAUGAUCAUACCACUGAGCAUAAGCCAAUCACUCCCAACUCUGCACUAUUCAACUACGAAGUCAAGUCGAUCACACCAAUCAGCAUUGGCAGACUCUACAUUGAUCUAGAUGUUACACUCAAGGAGACAGUCGAGUACUUGAUCAGCACUGGACAUCUCAAGCCAAGACUACUUUAA